CAAAAACUCUUCAGUAUUGAAUAUAGGUAGUGUUGAUUGAAAGUUGUGUGUGUAAUUAAAAUUUUAGCACAAGAACAGGGGCGGUACCUAGUUUCAACUUUUAUCGAAUUAUUGACUCACAAUUAUUAUUAAAAUUACACAGUAUGUUCCGAUUUUUAAGGAAUGUUAGAUCGAGAGUUUCUCUGCCGUGCUCUUUCCCCUCGUUAGUUCGAGGAUGAGAACGGUACGAUUUACUUGAUAUUGAUAAAGUAGACGUUUCACAAAUUUCUCUUUUCUUUUACAUAUCACAGCUUCCCUUAAAUUUCCCAAAUAUUUGCUAUGUCGGGCGCAUGUCCAGUAAGUAAAAUUGAGUAAGUUUCCACAACGUAGGUCCUAUUUGUUUUUCAUUUCAUUUUUCAGAAGAUUUGUUAUUUAAAAGGUAGGUAAUAAAAAUUCUCAUCGUUCAAUCUUACUGAGCGAACCCGGGUAUGUUAUAUUACACUAGACCACUUGGCACAAAUAACUUUAAUUAAUCCGAAAAUAUUUUCAACGCACUGGUAAUUAUGCCCUGCUGCGAUCCAGAUGAAUCUAUUUUUACCAAACGGCAAGCUAAAUUUACAUUUGGUCAGAUGUAAUCGAACUUCGGCCACUUUCCAAAACAAAUUUCAGUCCUGUAAAAACCAGAAGUUUCUCGACGGACGGGCAUUUUCCGUAAUUAUAAGUUGAGCCAAAUCAGUUUCGAAAACAUUCAGGUUUUAGAGUUUAAAUCAGACAAAAAUAUUUAGUAAAAUGGUUGAAAAGGAUUUGUUUGAUAUAGCGAAAAAUGACAAAGUGGGCAGAUACGCAGUUGCCAGUGAAAAUCUCAAAGCUGGAGACGUUAUAUUUGCCGAAGCUCCUUUCGCUUAUGGACCUAAAACAGACAGUCCAUGCUUAUGUUUGGGGUGUCACACUCCAGUGGAUUGCACCUACUUAUGCCCUACAUGCUUUUGGCCAUUAUGUGGACCAGAUUGUGGAAAUAUGAAAAUUCACAAGGAUAAUGAAUGCAAAAUUUUUUCGGAAGCAAAAAUUAAAUUUCAACCUGUCGAAGACCCCACUGAUGUGUGUGUGCAGUAUGAAUGCAUUACACCUUUAAGAGUUUUGCUAGAAAAAGACAGGAAUCCAAAAAGAUGGGAAGAAGAAGUGGCACCAAUGGAAGCUCACACGGAAGAGAGGAAAUCGAAACCAGUGUGGGAAUUCAACCAGCACAAUGUUGUAGAGUAUUUACGAGGACCUUCUAAAUUGGACAAAUUUUCUGAGGAAUUAAUUCACCAGGUUUGUGGUAUUCUGGAAAUCAACGCGUUUGAAGCCAGGACACCUAGCUGCUACACUAUCAGAUGCCUCUAUCCAAAACUGGCUAUAAUGUCUCACAGUUGCGUCUCUAAUAUUCACCAUGCAGUUGAUUGUCAAGCUAAUGGUGAUUUCAACGAUUGUGUUGUAACAGUUAGAGCAGCUGUAGAAGUACCAAAGGGAGGUGAACUGUUCAGCAGCUACACCUACUCUCUAUGGCCCACUCUAGUGCGUAGGCAAUUUCUAAGAGAAAGCAAAUAUUUCGAGUGCACUUGUCCAAGGUGUUCGGAUAAAACGGAACUCGAUACUCAUAUGAGCAGCCUAAAAUGUCAGAGAUGCGAUAACGGUAUCAUUAUGUCUUCUAAUCCUUUAGAUGAUUCUUGUGAAUGGAAAUGCCACUUAUGUGAUUACAAAACCAACGGAAGGGCAGUGAGAAAAGUUUUUGCUGCAAUCCAAAAUGAAAUUGAUCAAGUUGAGUAUGUAGGUGGGCCAGAAGGUAUUCAACAAAGAGAAACUAUUUUCAAAAAAUACAGAUCAGUUCUUCAUCCAAAAAACGCCUACAUGACAAUUCUACGAAGCGCUUUAACUCAACUAUAUGGAAAGGCAGAAGGUUACACCUUAGAAGACCUUCCAGAUAUAAUUCUAGAACGCAAAAUUGAGCUUUGCCAUCAACUAAUGGAAGUUUUGGAUGUAAUCGAGCCGGGUUUGUCAAGAAUCAGAGGAAUAACUCUCUACGAGCUUCACGGUCCGAUUAUGAUCCACUCCAGGCACAAUUACCAAUACGGCGCUCUGGACAAGGACGAUUUCAAAGCGAAAAUGCAGCAGGCAGUGGACACUUUGGGAAAAGCUGUGGAAAUUUUGAAAAACGAACCUGUGAGCCAACCGGAGGGUCAGCUAGGACUUAUGGCGCAAACCGCUUUUGAUCAAUUGAAGGAGAACUUUGAUAUGCUUAUUGAAACUGCAUGAAUUUUGUUUUUAGUGUAAAGAAUUUAGUGUUUUUUUUAAUAUACCUAAGUAUAUGAUUUUUGAACUGUUCUUGGUGUCUUUUUGAAAUAUUAUU